CAUUGAAGGACACACGCAGAGCAGAGCAAGGAGUGUCAGGGGUGUACAGUAGGAUGUUUUCCAGGGGAAGUGAGGACAUCCACUACAGCUUCCCGUGGCUGAUGUAACGCCCCCGAGGACCCUCGUGGAGGACAUUUCUGUUUGGAGCGCCGGACUGGUAGAGAAAGAAAGUGGCAUAAUAGUCUGCUCCAUCGAUUCCCCCCCACCCCCAAGAAGGGUCCAGUGGCACCCCGCCCUGCCCCGCAGAUGGUGCUCAGCCUGGCCAUGGACUCCAGAGAGGAUGGGGACAGCUGGAUGGAAGAACAGUGGGAGAAAUGGUUAACCCACGACAUCAGUCUGAAUGAAUACGAGGAUGACGACCUGUCAGAAGUGACCGAAAUCACGGAUGAGAACGGAAUCACUCUCAGCCAGCUCGACCUCGACCCUAAAGAUCACAUGACUCGGCCGACCAAUGGCACGCCGAGGAGCGGCCGGAGGAAGGGGGUGGUGGAGCUGCAGACGGAGAUGCUCCACUUGGACCUGAUUGAUGCAGAGGGAGGAAUCUUGGAAGAAGAGGAGGAAGAGGAGAACGAGAGGCAGCCGGUUGAUGCCGUCGAUGACAACCACAAGGAAGAGCAAGGCGCAGGGCCGCCUGUCACUCAGCCUCAGCUAAAGGAUUUCAUCCCUGCCGUCGCCAUGGAUACAUACCGGCCCAAGAGACCCACCACCCUGAAUCUUUUCCCCCAAGUGCCAAGGACUCAGGUGAGAUGGACAGUUUUGGCAGCGGCCUACGGUAAACCUGCUGAAAAAUGUCAUCGACAGGACACUUUAAACAACAACUCAUUUGCGAAGAAGUACAGCUGGCAGCAGAAAGUCUCGCAGACCUUGCCUCCUCUUAAAACAGGUGAACUGAUGCCGUCUCGCGAACACACGUGUCUGAGCGACGAGGAGAAGCACCAGCCGGCUCCGAGCCGGACUCAGAAAGACUGCGGCACCUCUACGGACAAACCCGGCGGCUGCCCCUCCAGACACGGCCCACACAGACCCAGAGAGGCGGCUCACUGCGAGCGCAUCCGCUACCACACCGACGUCCGUCUCGAGCCGACCGAGGAGAUCUAUCUGACGCCGAUACAGCGCUGCACUCGCGGCCUGGAGCACGAGAGGUCGCCGGCGCUUUCCCGAGUCGCCCUGGACGGCUCCGACAACGAGGCUCCCCCUCCGUACAGCGAACGGGACCUGCGGCCGCCGUCGUAUUCCUCCUGCGUCGAAGCUCUGGCGGCUGACAGCGAAGAAGAAGAAGAAGAAGCAGCAGCCGGAGCGGAGGAUCUGUGUUACAGAGUCUGCGGCGCGGGCGAGGCUCACGCCCGCCGCGAGAGCGUGUCUGGACUGCUGCGGACGCCCGUGAGCCGCUCGGACGCGAGCGGACUCUCCUACGAUUCGGUCAAAUACACGCUGGUCGUGGACGAGCACGAUCAGCUGGAGCUCGUCAGCUUGAGGGAGUGCUACCGGGGAUACAGCGAGGACAGCGACUCGGCCACCGUCUACGAUAACUGCGUCUCCUCUCCGUACGAGUCGGCUUGCGAGAAAGAGGACGGGGAGGAUGAGAACGAGAACGAAGGCGAGGGGAGAAAGCGGAGCGGGAGCAAACGGGAGGCGUCCACGUGUCUGUCCGAGGACUCCACGCCGGAGGCCGACAUGCAGUUUUCCCGGAAGUUUGUGAACGUCUUCAUGAACGGCUGCUCGCGCUCCUCCAGCACAGAAUCAUUUGGCUUGUUUUCCUGCAUAAUUAAUGGAGAAGAGAGAGAGCAGACGCACAGAGCCGUGUACAGGUUCGUCCCUCGUCACGAUGACGAGCUGGAGCUGGAGCUCAACGACCCUCUGCUGGUGGAGCUGCAGGACGACGACUACUGGUACGAGGGAUUCAACAUGAGGAGCGGAGCGCGCGGCGUCUUCCCCGCUUACUACGCCGCUGAGGUCUUCAAGGAGCAGGAGCUCACUUUAAACGCGAAAAGUACCGAGUGGAUGGAGAGAUACGUGAUGAAGUUCCUCGGCUCGGUUCAGGUGCUGAAUCACAAGGGCAACGAUGUUUUGUGUGCAGCUAUGCAAAAGAUCGCGAUGAACAGGAGACUGACGGUGCAUUACAAUCCUCCCUCGUCCUGCGUCCUGGAGAUCAACGUGAAGGGCCUCAAACUCACCGUGCAGGAGGAGUACGAUACGAGCAGCCAAUAUAGUCACUUUUUCCAUCUGAAAAAUGUAUCGUUUUGUGGCUAUCAUCCCAGAAACAGGAAGUAAGUCAAGCUUUUACCUUCUCGUUUUUGCCGACAGUGAUAGAGGUUUUUAUUAUUGUUCAUGUGCAUCAUCACUACAUUUUUUGAAAAUAAACGUGCUUUCAUUUCUGAUCAAGGAUGCCGUUAGGGAGGCAUUCAAUCAUUCAAAUGUCAUUUAGAAAGUUACAAAAGUCUUCUAUUUCAAAUUAACUUUCUAUUCAUCAAAGAUACACUGAAAAAAGUGCACAGAGUUACAAAGCAGGUCUACACUUAGAAUGAAAAGAAAUGGUUCAUGAGCAGUAACUUAAAAUGAUUUCUGAAGGAUCAUGUGACACUGAAGACUAACAAGUAAUGGUUCUGAAAAUUCAGCUUUGACCACAUAAAUAAAUUACAUUUUAGCAUAUAUUCACUUUAGUAAAUACUUAUUUCAAAUUGUAAUAAUAUUUCACUAUUUAUAUAUA